AUGCUGCAUGCAGGACCGCAAUUGCUAAUCGCAUCUCUCAGGGAGAAAUUCUGGCCUUUGCGCACUCGGAAUCUUGCGCGCAAGAUCGUACAUUCCUGUAUCAACUGCUUUCGCUGUCGUCCAAGGCUCCAACAGCAAAUCAUGGGCGAUCUUCCGACUGAACGCGUUUCUCCUACGUUGCCGUUCCUGCGCACAGGCGUCGAUCUGUGUGGGCCUGUAUAUUUUCGCUAUCCUCAUCGGAAAUCGCAGCCCAUCAAGGGUUAUGUGGCAGUUUUUGUCUGCCUUUCGAUCAAGGCAGCUCAUAUUGAGCUCGUUGGAGAUCUUUCAACGGCAUCGUUCCUUGCUGCUCUCAGACGGUUCAUCGCACGUCGAGGUAAACCAAGACUCAUCGAGUGCGAUAACGCACGAAAUUUUCGAGGUGCUCGAGAAGUGGCAGACUUGGCCAAACAACUCAGGGAUCAACAACUGCAAAAUGACGUCAUUCGCUCGUGUGCCGAUGACGGCAUAGAUUUUAAGUUUAUCCCUCCUCGUUCCCCGAACUUCGGUGGGCUGUGGGAAGCAGCCAUCAAGUCUUUCAAGACUCAUCUCAAAGCCACUCUCGGAAACUCUAUCCUGACAGUCGAACAGCUUACGACACUCUUAGCUCAAAUCGGGAGCUGUAUGAACUCUCGACCUCUUACUCAGAUUUCGCCUGACCCUGAGGACCUCGACGUUCUGACCCCAGGGCACUUCUUAAUCCAUCGUCCACUCGCAACGCUGGCAGAACCAUCAUAUGAACAGCUACCAUUCAACAGAUUAUACCACUGGCAGCAGGUCCAAGAGUUCCUUCGUCGACUUUGGAAACGCUGGGCAACGGAAUAUCUUUCCGGACUCCAGCCAAAAGCUAAAUGGACCCGCAAGAAGGACAACAUUAGCAUCGGUACUCUAGUGCUGGUGAAAGAUGACGGAUUACCACCACUCAAAUGGCGCUACGGUAGAGUAACCCACAUCUUUCGGGGUGACGACGGCAACAUUCGUGUCGUCGUAGUCAAGACCAAGGACGGAGAGUACAGGCGCGCAAUCUCCAAAAUUUGUGUGCUGCCCAUCGACCAAUCAAUGCCACCUGCAGCAAGUGAAGCUGCCGAUGACCUCUGA